CCUGACGUUCGCAGCUUUAAGUAGGGGGAACAAUAAGCCGAGAAGCCGAGCUGGUGCAGAGGAGGAAAAGUAACUGUGAGACAGGCUGACAGGUGUCGCGGAAGUUUACGCUCGCAGCGGCGCAUCCCUCCGCGUCUCUGGAAUAAGGAGGCUGUGACUGGUGGUCAUUCGGCUCCCGCUGAUCCAGUGGUUGUCCCAGCCUCGGCCCCCCGAGCACCGACACCUGUGACUCUCCUCCUCCUCCUUUGUUCAACCAGUAGCAGCAGGUCAGAGUGGUGAGGCCAGGGACAAUGGGACGCAAGUUAGACCUAUCGGGCCUAACAGAUGACGAGGCAGAGCACGUGCUAAAAGUGGUUCAGCGUGACAUGAAGCUGCGAAAGAAGGAGGAGGAGAGACUAAGUGAGAUGAAGCAGGAGCUCGCAGAGGAAGGCAGCAGAUGCUCCAUCCUUUCCAAGCAGCACCGUUUCAACGAGCACUGCUGCAUCCGCUGCUGCGCGCCCUUCACCUUCCUGUUCAACCCGAAGCGUCAGUGCCUGGAUUGCCAGUACAACGUGUGCAAGACCUGCUGCACCUACAACAAGAGGGACAGAGCCUGGCUGUGUUCAGCGUGCCAGAAGGGCAGGAUAUUUAGGACGCAGUCACUCGAAUGGUAUUACGACAACGUGAAGAGCCGCUUCAAGAGGUUCGGCAGUGCGAAGGUACUGAAGACUCUGUACAGAAAACACAUCAUCGAGAGAGGAGCGUUCUCUGAUCUCCCAGAAAGCAGCGUUCACGACGGAAGCAACGACAAUGAUGGCAGCAUCUGCGGCAGCGACUCCGUCUUUUACAGGCAGAGCGAAGGACACAGUAUGGCAGAGACACUCACAGUCGCCCUGCGUGUUGCUGAGGAAGCUAUAGAGGAGGCCAUCGCUAAGGCGGAGGAGUUUCGGGACAGUUUGGAGAAGCAGAAUGAGGCUCGAUAUCUGCGGGACCACAAAGAGGAGCUCAUAGAGGAACUCGCAACAACGAUUGUACAAAAAAUCAUUCAGAGGAGAAAGAAAUCAGAGAUGCAGACAGAGUAUGACUUUGUCUGGCCACAACCUCAAUCUCUAAUCCAAACCGGCGAGCUGCCAUCUCCUUCCCAACCUCACACUUCAUCACAAGAGCCUAUAAGGAACCCAUAUCCUCUUUGGCGUUCCCGGUCAGCGUUCUCCCUCACCAGUGAGGACUCCCCAGAGAAAGGUCUGGAGGAGGAAGAGGAGGAGGAGGUUGCUGCUGCGGGUGGUGGCGAAGGUUUGCAGGAAUACGCUUCUCUAAAGAGGGAGGGCAAGGCUGCAUCCUUACCUGGCUGGAAAAGCAUGGAUCGCUUGGACAACACAAGCACAUCCUCGGUACUGCAGAGUCCAGACGGGAACUGGAUCGCUCUGCACAGCUCUCAGCUUUCCCGACCCAGCCUGCUCACCAAGAGGAAGAGCCUAGUGUUCAGUGUGCUGGAGAAGGAGUCCAGCGUGGUCUCUGCUUACGAUGAGAUGGGAUCUGACUCAGAGGAGGAGGACGAAGGCGGAUGGGGUGCGGCGCUUCAACAGUUUCACCGCAAAUUGUCAGACGAGACUUACUACACGGACUCGCAGCAUGACCCUGAAUGGACUUACACCCAGCACGCUCCAGUUACUUCGCCGUCCUCUGGCCUGUACACCAACACAGAGACCCUCAACUCAGACUCUGAAGCCUCAUCAGUGCUGUCUGCAUGUCCUCGUAAACCCACUCACGACUUGUUAAGGAAGAAAGGACCAGCUGACACUCAUCUGCACCCUCACCAGCAGCCGGUGUACCAUCAGCAUCUGCAGCAGAGCUUAUCCCCAUACUCAGCCCAAACAGAGGCACUGGAUGUAAACUUUAACCCCAAGGUAAUGGGAGACAGCAGCGAGGGGGAUGACAGGCAGUGUGUCCAAAGAUCACGGAGACGCAGGAAAAGCAAAAAGGAAUCGUCGACAGAGCAGAACAAGCCCGGAGGCCCGAACCAUUCACAGGCCAUUUACCCUUUAGCACAGGAGAACAGUGGUUUCCUACUCAACGCCUUGCUGAAGAGAGGUUUGAGUGAUGAGCAGCCAGUGCCUGACUAUACGCUAGCAGUAACAGCUGCACCAGAUGCCCUCAAACUAGAUGCCAUGACACCCGAGCCAGAGGCCUUGGACACCGUGGCUCAAAAUUGUCCAUCCCUGAACCCUGCUCAGCCCAAUUCUGUGGCCCCGGGGCCAGAGAUCUUGUCUGGGAGCGUGGGGCCUGAAUCUGGUUCUGAAGAUCAUCUGGAAGAAGAAAUACGAUCCACACUCAGUCGGCUGGCCAGCCGAGAAAACAGCAAAGACAGCACCUCAUCUGAUGAGGAGGGCGCACGGUCCCCUGAGGACAAAGUGACAGAUAAAGAAAGUGAGAAACAGAGAGUGAAAUCAAGACCAAAACAAACAGAGAGGCAAAGGCAGUGUGCAAGUGCCAACAGAGAGAAAGAAAGUGAAGCAAUGGAACAAGUGAACGGACAGCUGAUGAAAAGAGCUCCUGGACUAGCGAAGAGUGCCUCAGUACGAGAGGAAACAAGAGUUCAGGAGAGGAGGUUAGAGAAAAGAGCUGAGAGUUUUGUAGAGAAAGUAGUUGAAAAGGAGCAGAAAAGAGGAGAGGUGAACAGAGUAAAUAAGAAACAGUGUAAGAGAAAUGGAGAGAAGGAAGCAGCACAAAAGGGUGGAGCCAGGAUGAGUGGAUCUAGCGCAAGUUCACCUGCUGUUACACCUUCUUCCCAGGAGGGGGGGCUGUCAAACAACCAGCAAAGGUAUUCAGCAGCUUCGCUGUGCAGCAUCACCACAGAAGUGCUGAAAGUUUUGAACGCAACAGAGGACCUGAUUGGAGAGGCUGGUGGUGAAAGCUACACCCUGUCUGAGUCCAUGAGUGCCUCUCCUGUGUCCAGCAGCUCUGAGACACGGAGGCUGGACCAGAGGCUUACCAAGAUUGAGGAGAAUGUGUACUUGGCUGCUGGAGCUGUUUAUGGCCUGGAGGGGGCCCUGGGGGAGCUGGAGCACUGUGCCCGGAGUAUUAGCAGUGAGACCACAGACACUGAGCUGGCCUUCCUGGAGGACCAGGUAGCUACUGCAGCAGCUCAGGUCCACCAGUCUGAACUACAGAUAUCAAACAUCGAGGCCCGGAUUUCAGCUCUGAAAACAGCUGGUUUAAAUGUGACUGUCUGCAAUCGCUUCUCAAAGAUCAAGCCAAAGUCCAAGCCUGAAACACUGGACUCGUCACGCCAUCAGAGAAGGAAACUCCCAGCACCUCCAUUAAAAGAAAAAUUGGAGUCAGAGCAGCAAGUUAAAGCUCUUCGGCCAUAGAGACAAGCAGCAGCACAAGUCCCUCAGGGCCACUUUACAGAGCCUCAGGGACAGGGGCCCUUCACAUCUAGUGCCUUGACCCAGCAUCUGCCUCCAACUCUAGGCCAAGCAGCGGCCGACACCUGCCCUGCGUUCUCCACCCUCACCCAACCACAACAGUCGCACCUCACAGGAAAACAUUACUUGCUCUUUCUCUUUUUUAUUCUUAAUCCUCAGUAUUUCUUCCCUGAAUGCACUCAUGUAAGCUGACUUAACAUUUGAUGUAUCUGCCUUAAAAUCUGCAAACAAUCCUUAUGUUAAGUACAACUCAAAAAAAUAUAUACAUUAUAUACACAUCUGUACAGACAACGAAGAAUGCAUUGCCGUUUUUUGUCUGUUUGCAAGAGUGUUGUUACUUUAGGUCAAAUGAAGCUGUGGAAAGAUCAUGUAAAACUUUCUGUGAUUCAGUGGCCUAGAAGGAAAGGAUGGUGUUUAUGCUGUCAUUUUUUAUACCCAAAUAAAAUAGUAAGAGGAAAACAGGUAUUUAUCCAUCCUGCAACAUACAUCGAAGGUUUUUUUUUCAUUUUACACACUUAUAUCAAAUGGGAAUCACCAUGUGAGGAUUUCGGUGUUUUAACUAUUUAAAAACAAAUCAUUGCACUCACAGUACCUGAAAAAGUGUUUUAGAUAUGCACAGUAUCAGGGCCAAAAAAUUUUUUUUUUUUCUGCCACUGCAAUAUGCAGUAGCUAAAAUGAAUACAAAGCACAUUUAUGAUAUUAGUCAAUCUACUGUUGGUGCACAGCUAAGUCCUGAAUAUUCUAAGAGCUGUAAUGCAGCAUGUUUUCGAUGCCAGUGUGCUGAUUAUGAUAAAGCUAAUUGACAUCCAGCAGCAAGUUAAGCCAAUAAUCCUCCAACAGCGAGUUAUCUAAUGCUGCAUUCCAUUUAACUAUGAAUUCUGAACUCAGAUCUGAGGAUUGGUUCUAGUGGGAUUUGCUAAGUGUUCAAACACUAAAGAUAUGUGUUUCCAAAUAGAGAUUGUAGAGUAGCAUGUGUGUCGUUGGUUGAAUGGGAUAGAAACUGACAAAGAGCUAAUAAAUAAUUUAUAUCCUCAAAUUUUUCUGUAUUUUAUAUGCACGGCAGCCAUGUUGGAUGUUAAACUCAGGGUGGUUUGGCGAUCUCCAAUUUUCCAAAUAGAAAUUUCAACAAGCUACCAUGUUACUAUUGUAUUUUUAACUCAGAACUAACAAAAAUCCCCUUUUUUGCUACAAAUAGAAUGUAGCAUCUGCUAUGCAUACAGGAAGGGGGAAACAGCUAGCUUAAGUUGAAUGAUAAAAUAGAUGAAUAAAAGCUUUUUCUACUACAGUUAAAUGAAACAUUAAAUAAAUUGAAUGAAUUAAAUGAAAAGUUUGAGCAGUAGAAUGGUUUUUGCUAAAUGUAAUAAAUCAAAUGGGCCCUUAGCAAGCCCUUACCACUACAAACCUCCAAUACCCAUUCAGUAAAUAGCUAUUCAUACAGAAAGGGGAAACCAGCAAGCCCAUAUCUGGUGAAGAUGAAAUAAACAACUUAUUUUAUCACAAUUAAAUUCUAGUAUCUUUCUCUUUAAAAUCAAAGUAUUAAAAUGAUGCAUGCUAAACUUUAGUGAUGAACAUGGGCAGCCAGCAGCAAAUGAAGCCAAGGAGGCACUAACACCCAGGUAGCUUAGCUAUGCAUACGAAAAGAGGGAAAAACUAGUCUAAAUCUGUUAGAAGAUAAAAAGAAGAAAAAAAUGAUAUAAAUGAAAUUAACCAUGCUUUAAGUUCACUUUGAGUCUACAUAUAGUGUAUAAAUACAAUAAAGUAAAUGGGCAGCCAGCAGGUACUGAAGCCAAUUAACUGAAACUUGCCAAUUAACUGAAACUAAGUUGAAGCUGAGCCGAAAAGCGAAGCUCUCGAUUUACCGGUCGGUCUACGUUCCUACCCUCACCUAUGGCCAUGAAAUGAGCUUCCUCCGUAGGGUGGCCGGGCAUUCCCUUAGAG